AUGUCUCAAGCAAAAGUGACACGGCCUCGGCAUGGACUGCGUGGCAUCAGGCGGGACCGGGACUGUCGGAGUUGCAAGUCUCGCGGAGUCAAGUGCGAUCUGAACAGACCGCGAUGCCUGCCAUGCGUCCAGUCAGGGCUGACUUGUGGCGGGUAUCCGCAGAGAGUCGUCUGGGCGACUAGCAAGACACCCGUCACACCAACCAUUCUGUCAGUCAAGAGAAGACCGGGCCUGGCGCCAGAAUUGUCGGGCAUGGAACGCACGGCAUCUCCUCAAAGCUUGCACACGGGGCCACACGGCCAUCAGAGCACAACCAAACACCCCCAGCACCAGUUCGCCGACCGUCUCUCAGCGUGGUGCACUGAAUUGAGGCUCUCUGGGGCCGUUAACGGCGAUGAGCGACGACACUGGACUCGCCCGCAUUAUGUCGAUGCCCUUGCGAGCCUGAACCAGGUACUUGAGCAUGCCAACCCAGUUGCGUUUCUCGGCAUCCUCGUUCUCGCCUAUUUUGAGGUUCUUUCAACCAGCGCAUUCGGCGAAUGGCAAUUUCACCUUCAAGGCGCACGCUCGCUCUUGGACCAUCAUUGUCAGAGCCGCGAAGACAUUGAGCGGCUUGGGCCCCCGAUUGGAAACCUUCCUGAGAUGAUUGCCUACUUCGCCUGGUGGGAUGUAGCCGGCGUCGUAGUCAGGCAUCUCGGCGGUAGUCGAGCUGAGUCGCAUGGGCGUCUUAUCUUUCUUGACUGGCACCGCGCCCUCAUAGGAGCCGACUUUUUCGACACAGUUGGUUGUCCGCCAGAGAUAUUCCAGCUGUUCGUUUCCUUGGCCAAAUCUGCUAGCACAUCACACGAGAUCAGCGAGGAAGAAGCUCUCAUUGCUGAACAAGGCCGACACGUGCUAGCCAUGCAACAGCUCCUACAACUGGGACUCGUCGCGGAUGAUCAGGGGUUGUGCAGAGACACAUGGAGAUGCGCGGCGGUGAUAGCUCUUCUUACGUGGGACAGCCCAUCUCAGUCUACCGACGAUCUAACGGCCGAUUUCCGAGAGAAGGCAUUAACUUCUGCUGUGGACAGGAUCUGCAGGGGAAUCUCUUCUGUCCCCCUGACAUCAAGGUUAUACAUGCACAUGGCCAAACCUGCAUUUUUGGCCGGUAUCAACGCCACAUCUUUGACUCAGUGUGACGUUAUACGUGAAUACUGGCGCAACCUUCAAGCGGAUGGCGCCCCGAGGCAUCUUGGGGCUCUGGCUCAGUGCGAGGAGAGAUGGAAGAAUAUCCCUAGAGCCUAA